AUUUUUUUUUUGUCGUGGACGAUUUGGAUCCUCUAUAUCUAAGAUAUUCAUUAUGGACCAAGCCCAUCAUCGUACCCUUUUAUCUCCAAUAAUUCAUGAUCGAUGAAGUAUUAUUAGCUCCACGUAUUCUCUUGACAACAUUCACUACAAUCUGAGGUCUUUAGAGGUAGGAGAGCAAUGGCUGGAGCAGAGCAACUCCAACGAUGGAGCCUUCGAGCCAAGACGGCACUUGUAACCGGUGGAACCAAAGGCAUUGGGCAUGCUGUGGUAGAGGAACUUGCAAGAUUUGGAGCCAUAAUCCAUACUUGUGGCAGAGAUGAAUCUCAGCUUAACGAGUGUAUAAGCCAUUGGCAAAAGAAAGGGUUUCAUGUCACUGGUUCAGUUUGUGACGUCACUUCUAGAACAGACAGAGAGAAGCUUAUGGAGACGGUUUCCUCUAUGUUUGGCGGGAAGCUUGAUAUCCUUAUAAACAAUGUGGGAGCCAUUCGGUCAAAGCCAACAGUGGAGCAUACAGCAGAUGAUUUCUCGUUUCAUAUUUCGACCAACUUAGAAUCUGCUUUUCAUUUGAGCCAGCUUUCACAUCCUCUCCUUAAGGCUUCAGGAUGUGGUAGCAUUGUGUUCAUGUCCUCUGUUGCUGGAGUUGUUUCGCUUAGCAUCAGCUCCAUCUACUGUGCAACUAAAGGGGCUAUGAAUCAGCUAGCACGGAACUUGGCAUGUGAGUGGGCUAGUGAUGGCAUUAGGGCUAAUGCUGUGGCUCCUGCUGUCAUUGCAACUCCUCUGGCUAAAGCUGUAUACGAUGAUGACUUCAAGAAGGCUGUAACGUCUAGAAAGCCGUUGGGGCGUUUCGGGGAGCCUGAAGAGGUUGCUUCGCUCGUGGCUUUUCUAUGUAUGCCUGCAGCUUCUUAUAUAACUGGUCAGACCAUUUGUGUCGAUGGAGGUCUCUCUGUCAAUGGCUUCUCGUAUCAGCCACAUGAUUAAAAUCCAAUGCCCAAUAUAAAUUUAAACUUCAACUUUUUAAUAUUAAGUUUCAGUGUCUAGAGACAGAUUUUGUAUGUUCUGAUGUUCACUGUGUUUUUCGUUAUCAUCUGGGGCUAAGCACCCAUAUCUAACUCUAUAUAAGAGACUUCAAACUUC